AUGAACGAAGACGAUCAAUCUCAUGAACAGAAUACAUCAAAAAGUUUACCAACAACAUUACAAAAUCCGUCGCUAGUUGUCAAUUCUAUGUUGACAGCUUUAGCUCAAAGUCUACUUCCAUCAUCAACAAAUCAACAACAAUUCUUAGCUGAUUUACAAGCAGCAGCAACAUUAGUUAAUAAACAAAAAUUAUCGUCAACAAAUGAUAAUAAUCAACAUGAAUCAAAUUCUCAUAUAAAAGCAAAUCGUACAGAUAAUCAAGAUAAUCUACCACAUACAACACAAGCAAAACGACGUGCAACACAUAAUGCUGUUGAACGACGACGUCGUGACCGUAUUAAUCAACAUAUACAACAAUUAUCGAAAUUAAUUCCUGAUUGUAGUAGUUAUGUAAAAAAUCAAAGUAAAACUGUUGUAUUAGAAAAAACAAUUGCAUAUUUACAUGAACUUCGUACACAAAAUCUAGCAUUAGUUAAACAAACAGUUGAUGCUGGCAUAAUUCUUCAUGAAAAUGACUUAUUGAGAGAUCGAAUUCGAGUCGUCGAACAAGAGAAUGGAGUAUUAAAAUCCUUAUUAACAAAACAAAGUCUAUUAAAUGGGAAUGAAUCAUCAUUAACAUGA